AUGGCAGCCGAAGAUGGUGGCACCGGUCGGCCUUCCUUUACUAACUUGGUGGCUGUCGUCCCUCAACCCAUACUUGAGAUGGUCCUUGCACCCGGACCUCUGAAGAUGGUGGAAGGAGAGGUUUAUUUCCAGUUUACCAAAGAAGAGAUUGCACGGUCAGCGGAGCCAUUCCGCUAUUCUGUCGUGCUCAAGUUCUUGAAGAACCGACCUUUGUUGGAUGCUAUGAGGGCAUUCAUUCACAGUCUAUGGGGCCUUACGGCCAUUCCAGUAGUAUCUUCCAUGAGGAGACCUCAUAACGUCUUCGUACAUAUGGCUAAUGAAGCCGACUUUACCAAGGCAUUAUCACGGGAGGUCUGUGAGAUUAAUGGGAUCUUUUACCAUGCAUUCAGAUGGUCACCGGAUUUCAAUGAGGAUGCAGAGCCUUCUAGGGUCCCGAUAUGGGUUUCUUUACAGGGUCUCCCUCCAAACUUUUAUCAAGAACCUUUCUUGAAUAUCCUUAUGGGGCCCAAUGGAACGUUUAUUCGUCGUGAUAAUCCGACUCGUUGCACUACAAGAACGGAUGGAGCAAGAUUAUAUGUGGAAGUUGAUGCUGCAAAACCUCCUCUGACUCAUUUCUGGAUUGGAGCGUCGGGGUUGUCCUCGAGUCGAAAGCAAGAAAUCGUUUAUGAUACGCUCCCUGCAUAUUGUUCUUCUUGUAAUAUGCAGGGUCAUAACACGCGGACGUGUAAUCUUGGAAAAGCUGGGAAGAAUGGUGGAAGAAAAGUGGGUAGAAAAGGCCACUCGGAGACAAAGAUUCUGAUAAAUGAUCAGGGGUAG